AUGACGGUGAUGCUCAUUUGGAAAACUCCGACACUUAAAAGCUCCUUCGGGACUCUUUGUUUCUCCCACACCGUUGCCAACAUCUUGAUCUUGCUUGGUUUCCUUUUCUGGGCUGUUCCGGCCACACUAUCGUGAGUUAUAUUUGAUGGUUCUAUUAAUUCAUUUCCAUCUAAUCCCAGAAAACAUGAGGAACAGUCGGUAACUUAUCUAAAACGACGGUUUGGUCAGGGGAUACAAUGGUCUUGGAACGUUUGCGUUUUUUCACAGUUGACCAUUGCAGCUAAUCGGCUCAUCGUUCUCUCUUUGCCUUUGAAAGUUGGUUUUUUUUGAGUUACUUCAAGUGAAGUAAACAUUUUUCAGGCUAGAGAGUUACUAUCCUUUAAUUCAACUGUACUCUGUGUGAUGGUUGUUUGGCUAGUCAGCUUGCUUCAAACUGCCCCUCAAUUCAUUUGGGGUCAGUCUUCAUUAUCUUUGAGAAAGAAAAAUAAGUAAAAUCUAGAAAGUACCUGUUAUUUUCGUGUACGAUCCAGAACAAUGGAUUUUUGUAUUUGGUAAUGAGGACUGCGCUUAUCUGCUCAGUCAAACCUUGGGUCUUCGUAUUUGGAUGGCUAUAACCGUUGUAAUAUUUAUUCUUGACGUCGUUACAUUUGCGAAAUUUCGUCUAACUAACCGGGUGUGUCUUUUAUUUUCAAAAAAGUCUGCCAGUUUUGAAGCGGGUUGUAAGCUACAUACAAAUUAGAGCACUGCAAAAGCGCUUCAAAAUUAAGUAUUUUUGAACGAGAAACUUUGAAUAUUCAAAUUGCUGCCAUUUUCGAAUCAGGGAGUUGCAAGUUUGUAAUUUUCAAGUGCUUAGACGGGAGCAGCAGCUCUGGAAUUUGUGAAGCAUCUGUCCUCCAUUAAGCUGAUUGAGAUUUCGAAAAUGUUCGAAUUUUAGAGUCGCUUAUCAGUUUACCAUAAACCUUCCAUUCAGAAAGCUGCUCGAAGAUCGAAAGGCCCAAAUUUGGAAGUGCGAUUUUUCGUUCAGGUGCUUAUGAAUUUCCUUAACACACUGAAAACAUGAGGUUCAGGCGUGCAUUCAAAACGGCCUUUUCAUGUUCUCCAUGUUCAACUUCUACUUCCUAAGCAGCCUGUCCUCCAAUAAAUGGGCCAUUUUUCUCUCGACGACUGUCGGCUGGCAGAUAAUUCAUGUUCUGGACGGGUUUUUUUGUGUCAUAAAAUAAUGAGUGGUCCUAUUGAAUUUUCAGAUUGGUUCUACCAUUGCUCAUGUUCCGACUGCAGAAUAUUGACAAAAACCGCCUCAAGAUGAAAGGAAUCACGGCUGGUUCAACUACUCCUUGA